AUGAUACUAGUUAUUUUUUACUGCACACUUUUUGUUUCUUUUGCUGCACUGGCAGCACAAACCACGACAACGGCAAAGCCAGAGAAAACACCAGCAGCAGAAGCAACCACUGCAACGUCAUCUAAGGAAAACGAUGUUUUGAAAUUCAUUCGCAUUCAUUUCGGCGAACUUCCUGACGGAAACGAUGACGGUAGCAAUUAUAGUCAGGAGUCCAUAAUCUUAAGCGUCGAUAUUCCGGCGAUAUACGAUAUCAGCGGCAGCAACAGCAAGGACGAUAAGAAUAACUAUGCAGAGCUAGUUAUCAGCAUUGAAUUCGAUUGGCCAUUUGAUUUUAUUGAAAACAAUAAUAACACCGACCACAGUAAUGGUGGAGAUAAGAAGCCGAGCGGCACUAGCCCCAACGUUCCAGUUACUGAAAGCAGUACCAAAAGCAGCAGCAUUCCUCCUUCCAGUACCACUACAGCGAAGCCCCUUUUCCUUUUUAGAGGUUUACCAGUCUACAACUAUAGCAGUCAAAGAAAUGCACCAACACAUCUGACUCAGCUCUGA